AUGAGCAAAGUGUACAAUGCAAGAAUCCAUCUGGUUCAAUUCACGGUUGAAAUCUUGGAUAACUCACUGUGUAUGACUGCAUCUGUGCAGUGUGAAAUCCUUAGUGAUAAAGCACAUGAUACAUGUAAGAUAUCAACUACUCCUUCCACUUCUACAACCAGUACAACCUACACUGAUAGUGGUAAAACAAUUACAGAAACAAUAGUUACAAAAACUGUUACAGAGAAAAUAGAGUCAAGUAGAAGAUUUGAUGAAGAAGUUCCUCCUGUUAAGAAAGUGUUGGUUGAUUCCCAAUUAAAACAUGAAUUUGAUGGUGAAUUGGGUACAUUGAUAGCAUGGAUGGAUGAUACUGAGAAAAAGUUAGUUUCUCCACAGGCUGUCUCACCAGAAGAAGAGGAUACUGAACAACUUAAAAUAGUUUAUAAUACAUUGGAAAGGGAUCUUAGAAACAGAAAAAAGAAGAAAGAAAAAAUAACAGAACUUGGUAGCCAGUUGAUUGCAUCAACUAGAUCAGUUGGAGAAACACCUGAUGUGAUUGAACAAACUUUGGAAAGUUUUAAUGAGCGAUGGGAAGAUGUGUGUACACUUCUAGAAGAAAGAAAACUAAACAUGGAGGAAGCUUCAUUGACAAAAGAAUUCUAUGAUGUGUACAAUAAAGUCGAUGAACUAUUAAAAUCAAUUGAGAAGUGUUUGAAUGAUGCAGAAGCACUUGGUGAAGAUCCACAUAAAAUAAAACAACAGAUUGAUCAGUGUCGG